AUGCAGGAGGAUGCCGAGAGCAGAAUCGUAGAGAAAAUGAAAAACAUGCAGGGAGAAAGAGUCAGUCAUGCAAUCAAAAAGAGCGUUAAGAAUGGGUUCAUUAGCAAACGCAUGUUUAACGUGUACAACGAUCUCGUGAAGAAACACUGCAGGGAAUUCACCUUCGCAGAUGUGGUGCUUACUCUCCAGGCGUAUGCCCUGAGCAAGGAGAGGAAUUUUGAAGUGUACUCCAUUUUGUCGUGCCGGGCGCUGCGCCUCUUCAGGGGGGAGGCAGAAGUGGAGAGCAAAAAAAGGGAAGACGCCGGUGGGAGGGGUGGUGAAACGUACGAUGCAAGCAGCUUCGAAAGGGGUGGUGAAACGUACGAUGCAAGCAGCUUCGAAAGGGGUGGUGAAAGGUACGAGGCAAGCAGCUUCGAAAGGGGUGGUGAAAGGUACGGUGCAAGCAGCUUCGAAAGGGGUGGUGAAACGUGCGAGACAAACGGCGGAGGGGGGAUCCCCUAUGACCCAGAAAGGCAUAAGUACAUUUACAGGUACAUCGUGGCGAGCAACCAGCUGAACUACUCAGACUACGAACUGAUGCAGCUCUUCGUAGAGGAAAUCAAAAGGCACUUCCACCACUACGACAUGAAGCGUAUUUGUAUGAUCCUGCACGCACUGUCUAAAUUGAAGAUAAGUGAUGUGGACCUACUUGAUAGAGCAUGCCAUCAUAUUUUGAAGAACUUCAACCAGGUUAGAUGUAACCACAUCAAUCACCUCAUUUCGGCUUACUCUCCAAAGACUAGUGGUGGCAACCACGAGGUGUUGCUUCUCAGGUUGGUUAAUUACAUCUGUGCAAAUGUGAAAUCGAUGGAUUCCAUUUCUGUGUACAACACGCUGGUGCAGAUUGGGCCCAUCCUGCAGAGGCUGUCGCGCAGUGGGGAUGGGUCAGCAAGGGAGGAAGUGGCUGUAGAGGGGGAGAUGUCGAAUGGGAUGGGCGAAGAAGUCCCUCGGAGGGGGGCGGACGACGAACAGAGGGAGUACUGCCAUUUGGUGAAAAGCACCCAUGGAGAGGACCCCCAAGCGGGCGCCAACGGCGGAAGCAACGGCCGAAGCAACGGCGGAAGCAGCGGCCGAAGCAACAUUGUGGACCGCGUAGUGCCGCUGCUCUUCAGCAGGGUCAACACCUGCAUUGCCUUCCUCUCGUUGAAGCAACUGGUAAAACUGCUGUGCUCCUACAGAGAGCUGAACUACUUCAACUACACCUUUGUGUACAAGCGACUGCUACUGUUCCUUCUGUCCAAGUUAAGGACCCAACAUAAGGCCCUCGCAGGAGAAUACAUAUCGAUACUUGAGUAUGUCACCUGCCUCCCCUAUGUGGACAGUAACAUAGAAGAAAUUAUUAACAUAGUCACGGUGAAUAUCCCCAAGGUACUCCCCUACAAUCAUGAGCACUUAUGUCGUUUGCUUCACUGCUGCAAGAGACUGCAAAUUUGUGACGAUGCCAUUCUCUCCAGGGUCGAUUACUUAGUUAUUAGAAACAAGCGUAACUUCGAACGGGUUAGCACUGUCGAGCACGCCAGUCAGGUCAGCAAGGGAAUUUGUGACUACUUGUAUGUGAAUUUAGCGAACGAGAGGAAGGGAAUUUAA